CCACAGCCAAUCAUCAGUUGGGGUGUGUCUCUUGAACGUGUACGGUGUGUGUCCAUCCAGUUUUUAGUUCGCUGCGAAAAUGUCCAAGCUUGUACUGUACACCCUGCACCUUAGCCCACCGUGCCGUGCCGUGGAGCUGGCGGCCAAAGCGUUGGGCUUGGAGCUGGAGCAGAAGACCAUUAAUCUGCUGACGGGUGACCAUUUGAAGCCGGAAUUUGUGAAGCUAAACCCGCAACAUACGAUCCCGGUGCUGGAUGACAACGGUACGAUCAUCACCGAGAGCCACGCGAUCAUGAUCUAUCUGGUGACGAAGUAUGGCAAAGAUGAUAGCCUCUAUCCAAAAGACCCCGUCAAGCAGGCCCGUGUAAAUUCGGCCCUGCACUUCGAGUCCGGCGUACUGUUCGCCCGGAUGAGAUUCAUUUUUGAACGUAUCCUAUUCUUCGGCAAAUCGGACAUCCCCGAGGAUCGCGUUGAGUACGUGCAGAAAUCGUACGAGCUGCUGGAGGACACACUGGUGGACGACUUUGUCGCCGGACCGAGCAUGACGAUUGCCGACUUUAGCUGCAUUUCCACGAUCUCGAGCAUUAUGGGUGUGGUGCCGUUGGAGCAGUCGAAGCAUCCCCGGAUCUACGCGUGGAUCGAUCGGCUGAAGCAGCUGCCCUACUACGAGGAAGCGAACGGUGGCGGAGGCACCGAUCUGGGCAAGUUUGUGCUAGCCAAAAAGGAGGAGAAUGCUAAGACGAAACCCCCAGUCGCAACGAUGCCAAAACCUGUGUUAUACACGGUUCGUCUGAGCCCACCGUGCCGUGCGGUGGAGCUGACGGCAAAAGCGCUUGGAUUGGAGUUAGAGCGCAAGCUUGUGAACUUACUUGCUGGGGAAAAUUUGACACCUGAGUUCUUGAAGCUCAAUCCUAAGCAUACGAUCCCCGUGCUGGACGAUAAUGGGACGAUCAUCAGCGAAAGCCACGCGAUCAUGAUCUAUCUCGUGCGUAAGUACGGCCAGGGCGAAGGGAAGGAUGCGCUGUACCCAACGGACAUUGUCGAGCAGGCUCGGGUCAAUGAGGCACUGCACUUCGAGUCCGGUGUGCUGUUUGCUCGGUUGCGAUUCAUUACCGAGUUGGCAAUUUUUGGACGCAAACCAGAAAUUCCGGAAGAUCGCAUCGAGUACGUCCGGAAGGCGUACCGGUUGCUGGAAGACUCGCUGCAGACCGAUUACGUAGCCGGCUCACGUAUGACGAUCGCUGACCUGAGCUGCAUUUCCUCGGUCGCCUCUAUGGUGGGCUUUAUCCCAAUGGAAAGGUCCGAGUUCCCGCGAGUGCACGGGUGGAUGGAGCGGCUGAAGCAGUUGCCGUACUAUGAGGAGAUCAACGGUGCCGGUGCCACAGAGCUGGCCGAGUUCAUUGUGAAUAUGUUGGCGAAGAAUGCAAAACUGUAACAGGUUCAAGCUAUUCGCGGUAGUUAACUAGUCAAAUAAAGUGUAGAAUUUAAAGCACCAA